CUCAACUUAAAUUCUAUGAAUUUUACCAACAAAAAAAACUUAAAUUCUAUGAAGAACGUACAAAAAGGGUGAGAAUGAGGAGAAACCAGAAAAAUACCAAUCCAAAAUUCAAGGCUCGCCUUAAAGCCUGAUUACGAGGCCAGCUGCUAUCUGAAGCCGGGAAACCUCAUCGGUGAUCACCAGCAAUGGCGCUUCUCGCGCCCAGUAUAACGAGUGAGGUGGGCUUGCGUUUGCUGCUUUCCCCAAUUGGUUCCAACAUUGUAACGCGAGCUGCAUGUUGCUCUGUUGGGAUUGUUUUGCCGGUUUACUCUACAUACCAAGCACUUGAAGCGAAUGAUGAAACCCAGCAAAGGAAGUGGCUGAUAUACUGGACAGCGUACGGAUCGUUCAGCCUUGCAGAAGUUUUUGCAGACAAGUUGCUUUCCUGGGUCCCCAUGUAUUAUCAUAUGAAGUUUGCAUUUCUCGUUUGGCUCCAACUUCCAUCAGCCAAUGGAGCAGAACAACUUUACCGAAACCACUUGCGCCCAUUCCUGUUAAAGCACCAAGCUAGAGUAGAUCUGCUUAUGAACUCUGCCUAUAAGGAAGCGGCAAGACUCAUUAGCUCACACCAAGCAGAAAUUGACUACGCCACGUCUGUAUUUUUGAAGAUAAAGGGAACAGAUGGAGCAACAGUAGCCCAAUCCCAUGAGACAGCACAUCGCCACCGGAGUGAUGGUGAUGAUGAGUUCAGUCAGAACACAUAGAAACCUCCAUAUUUAUAUCCGCAUCAUGCUAAUAUAGUUGACAAUGACAUUGUGCAUAGAUCAAGCCUCCCCGUCCCUCUUUACUAUCGCCUAGGUGUUGAGCUUGUAAAAAAGUUAUAGGAUUCAGUUGCAGUAGAGUGGAAGAUAUAUAGUUUCGACUUUGGGUUCAGCUUGGAUUAUUAGAUUUUUGCUCGUGUUUCUCUUGGCCGUUCUUUGUCGCCAACUAGGCAAAUAGCCAUGACGUUUUACAUCUUGUAUUGCUUUUAUGUUAGUCCCCAUUCAUAACAUAAGGUGAAAGUUGCCACUUUAUCUCUCAACCUUCUAACUGAGUGAGUUGCAGAAUCAUUUGCUAGCUUCCAGCCGAAGGGGUCAAUAUCCUAAACUUCAUUUCGUGCAACCAUCAUUAGCUAGAUCAUCAACCACGGCUCAAGCUGAGGAGGGCUGAAGAUGCACUUGGUUAAAGUUGAGUUUGCAACAUCAAGAGGGUCAUUAUUCUUGACUUCAUUUCUGAGAUUUUAUGAUCUUAAAGCUCUGCUACAAAGUUUGUUUCAGCUGUUGGAAUGAAUUUGACUUUCUAUUUAACAAAAAAGGUUCAUAU